AUGGAGGUUGUACCCAGGGAAACAGGGGGGGACUGGGACACACAGGGGAAAUAUGGAGGUUGUACCCAGGGAAACAGGGGGGCUGGGACAUGCAGGGGAAAUAUGGAGGUUGUACCCAGAGAAACAGGGGGGCUGGGACACACAGGGGAAAUAUGGAGGUUGUCCCCAGGGAAACAGGGGGGCUGGGACACGCAGGGGAAAUAUGGAGGUUGUACCCAGGGAAACAGGGGGGCUGGGACACACAGGGGAAAUAUGGAGGUUGUACCCAGGGAAACAGGGGGGUCUGGGACACACAGGGGAAAUAUGGAGGUUGUACCCAGGGAAACAGGGGGGGCUGGGACACAAAGGGGAAAUAUGGAGGUUGUACCCAGGGAAACAGGGGGGGCUGGGACACACAGGGGAAAUAUGGAGGUUGUACGCAGAGAAACAGGGGGGCUGGGACACAAAGGGAAGGGAAAAUAUGGAGGUUGUACGCAGAGAAACAGGGGGGCUGGGACACACAGGGGAAAUGUAGAGGUUGUACCACGGGAAACAGGGGGGGCUGGGACACAAAGGGGAAAUAUGGAGGUUGUACCCAGGAAAACAGGGGGGCUGGAGAAUGCAGGGGAAAUAUGGAGGUUGUACCCAGGGAAACAAGGGGCCGGGACACACAGGGGAAAUAUGGAGGUUGUACCCAGAGAAACAGGGGGGGCUGGGACACACAGGGGAAAUAUGGAGGUUGUACCCAGAGAAACAGGGGGGCUGGGACACGCAGGGGAAAUAUGGAGGUUGUACCCAGAGAAACAGGGGGGCUGGGACAUGCUGGGACACAAAGGGGAAAUAUGGAGGUUGUACCCAGGGAAACAGGGGGGGCUGGGACACGCAGGGGAAAUAUGGAGGUUGUACCCAGAGAAACAGGGGGCUGGGACACAAAGGGGAAAUAUGGAGGUUGUACCCAGAGAAACAGGGGGGGGCUGGGACACAAAGGGGAAAUAUGGAGGUUGUACCCAGGGAAACAGGGGGGGCUGGGACACAAAGGGGAAAUAUGGAGGUUGUACCCAGGGAAACAGGGGGGCUGGGACACAAAGGGGAAAUAUGGAGGUUGUACCCAGAGAAACAGGGGGGCUGGGGAAUGCAGGGGAAAUAUGGAGGUUGUACCCAGGGAAACAGGGGGGCUGGGACACACAGGGGAAAUAUGGAGGUUGUACCCAGGGAAACAGGGGGGGCUGGGACACACAGGGGAAAUAUGGAGGUUGUACCCAGAGAAACAGGGGGGGCUGGGACACACAGGGGAAAUAUGGAGGUUGUACCCAGAGAAACAGGGGGGCUGGGACACACAGGGGAAAUAUGGAGGUUGUACCCAGGAAAACAGGGGGGCUGGGACACAAAGGGGAAAUAUGGAGGUUGUACCCAGAGAAAGAGGGGGGGGCUGGGACACAAAGGGGAAAUAUGGAAAUUGUACCCAGGGAAACAGGGGGGGCUGGGACACAAAGGGGAAAUAUGGAGGUUGUACCCAGAGAAAGAGGGGGGCUGGGACACAAAGGGGAAAUAUGGAGGUUGUACCCAGAGAAACAGGGGGGCUGGGGAAUGCAGGGGAAAUAUGCAGGUUGUACCCAGGGAAACAGGGGGGCUGGGACACACAGGGGAAAUAUGGAGGUUGUACCCAGGGAAACAGGGGGGGCUGGGACACACAGGGGAAAUAUGGAGGUUGUACCCAGAGAAACAGGGGGGGCUGGGACACAGAGGGGAAAUAUGGAGGUUGUACCCGGAGAAACAGGGGGGUUGGGACACACAGGGGAAAUAUGGAGGUUGUACCCAGGAAAACAGGGGGGCUGGGAAACAAAGGGGAAAUAUGGAGGUUGUACCCAGGGAAACAGGGGGGCUGGGACACACAGGGGAAAUAUGGAGGUUGUACCCAGGGAAACAGGGGGGGGCUGGGACACACAGGGGAAAUAUGGAGGUUGUACCCAGGGAAACAGGGGGGCUGGGACACGCAGGGGAAACAUGGAGGUUGUACCCAGAGAAACAGGGGAGGGGGUCUGGGACACACAGGGGAAAUAUGGAGGUUGUCCCCAGGGAAACAGGGGGGCUGGGACAUGCAGGGGAAAUAUGGAGGUUGUACCCUGGGAAACAGGGGGGCAGGGACACACAGGGGAAAUAUGGAGGUUGUACCCAGGGAAACAGGGGGGUCUGGGACACACAGGGGAAAUAUGGAGGUUGUACCCAGGGAAACAGGGGGGGGCUGGGACACAAAGGGGAAAUAUGGAGGUUGUACCCAGGGAAACAGGGGGGGCUGGGACACACAGGGGAAAUAUGGAGGUUGUACCCAGGGAAACAGGGGGGCUGGGACACAAAGGGAAGGGAAAAUAUGGAGGUUGUACGCAGAGAAACAGGGGGGCUGGGACACACAGGGGAAAUGUAGAGGUUGUACCACGGGAAACAGGGGGGGCUGGGACACAAAGGGGAAAUAUGGAGGUUGUACCCAGGGAAACAGGGGGGCUGGGGAAUGCAGGGGAAAUAUGGAGGUUGUACCCAGGGAAACAGGGGGGCCGGGACACACAGGGGAAAUAUGGAGGUUGUACCCAGAGAAACAGGGGGGCUGGGACACACAGGGGAAAUAUGGAGGUUGUACCCAGAGAAACAGGGGGGCUGGGACACGCAGGGGAAAUAUGGAGGUUGUACCUAGAGAAAUAG